AUGCAAGCGUCAACCUCAUCUCUGCCCAUUCUCCUCUCCGGCACUUCAGCCGAUCUUUUGGGUAUCAGCACGACAAGAGCCGAUUACGCUACAAUGGAAGGCUUGAGUCUACCCAGUGGCACAAUCGAUUACAACAGUUUGAUUUAUAUGGAUCCAACGAAUAGCCACCAUCUCGCAUUGCCGAUUCCAAUCACGAAAGCUGAAGAAGAGGCCGCACUUUUAUCCACUGCAUAUUCCACCGGUGUGCUCACAGCCAAUUUCGAAGAGAUGAAGCCGGCGGCAAGCACUUCAACGAGAUCAUCUGUCAUUGAGCCAACUUCAGUGCUGGCUCCGGUGAAUAUCUACGAAAAAUCCCAACAAGAACUCUCCCAAGCUCUCCUCCUUCAACAACACGAUUCUCGUCAAUUCUUCUUGCAACCCGACCUCACUCAAGCCUCAAUCGCUGAACAAUUUGGACAAAAUCUCUACUCACAACAAUUCUUCGAUCACAACCAGCUCGCUGAUCCCAAUUUGUACAGUGUUCCAACGUCAGGACAUCAAAUCUUUCCAAUCAGAAUCGACAAUCCUUAUGCUAAUCCAUCGUAUGCACUGCCGAGUGUUGGUGGCACAACCACGAUUACUCAAUACGGGAAUUAUGAGUCAAGACUGUCUGAAUGCUUGGCUUGUGGCAGUCAAACAUACAAUGGACAGAUUUGUGAGAGAUGUGCACAAAUACAGAUGGGAACGUUUCCUCAUCCGCUUCCUGAUUUAGCGAUGCCACAACCAGUUCCACAACAACAACCAACAGCCACAAAGCAGCGACCAUCACACAAACAGAAAUCGACGGUCAGGACAACAUCCGCUCGUCGUCAAGGAUUGAUUUGCUCAAAUUGCAAUGGGACAAAUACGACGCUUUGGAGGAGAAAUGCGGAGGGAGAGCCGGUUUGCAAUGCUUGUGGUCUUUACUUUAAAUUGCACAAUGUACAACGACCGAUCAGUAUGAAAAAGGAGGGAACGCUUCAGACGAGGAAAAGAAAGCCAAAGAAUUCUGACGGUCCAGGCAGCAAGAAGAGAUCAGCGACUAUUGCAACGACAGCCACUGAACGAGCCGCCUAUGCACAAGCAGCUGUGAAUGGAUUGGAUAGAGCAAAUGGUGAACUUCAAGCAGCAUUUACUGCAAACGGUCAAGCGUAUUUGCCUUCAAUAGAAGAAUAUUCAACAGCUUAUCAAUGGCAAACCACGAUUAUUACAGAUCAAGGCACAUCGGGCGCUUACAGUACUCCAGCUUAUACAACGGCACCAUAUCUAGAUAUCAAACCGCAAAUCUUGGAUGAUCAAACAGAAGAGGAAGAGGCUCGAGCGGCAGCCGAUCAAAUCAAAGAUGAAGAACCUAAAGAAGAAGUCGACAGCGAUCCCAGUGAA